AUGACUUUAUCGGCGAUUGUUUUCGUCGGUCUCGUUGACCUCUCCAUUCAAUGGGUCUGUUUCGUCUUCUCAGCCUUACUUCGUACAGAGAAGUUCUUCGAUCUAGUGGGAGGAUCCUCUUUCAUCAUCUGUGUCAGUUUGUCUUUUCACUACAAUGACCGAUGGAAUGACAAAAUAGCCCUGAUCCAGUACUGCUUUGUAGUUCUUUGGGCUAUGAGGCUGGGUAUGUUUCUGGUUUAUCGAAUCUGGAGAGAUGGAAAAGACAGACGCUUUGAUGACAUUAAAUCCAGCAUCCCGAAGUUGUUCAUAACUUGGAACUUCCAGGCAGUCUGGGUGUUCUUGACACUUCUCCCUACACUUUGGAUGUUCGAAUGGAGCAAUUUCAAGAACAAAGAGCCGUCAAUGGGACAGUACAUCGGAUGGUCAGUAUGGAUGUUUGGGUUCGCUUUUGAGACGAUCUCAGAUCACCAGAAACUAAUAUUCAAAGAGAAACCGGAAAAUGCGCGCAAGUUUAUCAAACAUGGAUUGUGGAGUAUUUCCCGACAUCCAAACUACUUCGGCGAAAUCGCCCUUUGGUGGGGACUGUUCAUUGCGGCCGUGGGAACCUUUGAUGAUCCGAGUUGGACUCUGUAUACUGUAAUAGGACCUCUUUUCGUCACAUUCUUGCUCGGAUUUUUCUCACUGCGAAUGUUGGAACAGAGCUCAGAUGAAAAAUAUGGGCAGAAUGCACAGUACAGUGAAUACAAACAGAAAACCAACAUUUUGAUUCCAUUCAUUUUGUAG